AUGGCCCGGAAAUCCGACGUCCCCAUGUCGGAGCCUGCGAAGCGCACGAAAAGAAAGCGUAUCUGGGAAGAUAACGAUGGUGAAGCUACACCACCACCUUCAGCUCAAAGGGUGAAGAUCAAGGACAGACUAAGCAUCAAUCAGCUCUCAAAUGACAAAGGGGAGUCGGAAAAUGGCGCAUACACACAAGGAAGCACCCCUUCGGAGACUCCUUCUGGCAAGACCAAACGCACCAACAGAGGCAAACACCUUCCACCGGGAUUCCGACCUGGACACGUCAGUUCGACCAAUGACAAGAGAACCGGUCUUUUCAGUCCUGAAGAAAUCGAGGCUCUGGAGCAGUACAAGCUUUGGUUCUGUAACUAUUAUCACAUCACAGCCGAUGUAUUCGAUGCCUCUAUACAAAGCGCGAAAAGUAGCAAAAAUGGUAUAUUCCUACAAGACAGACCACCUGUCGAUGAAAGGUCAUUUUGGCAAGAAAUCUACGGACAAAUCCCAGAUCGUGACAGAAGGUCUAUCGCCCGCUUUUGUCGGCGUCAUUUUUCGAAUGCAUACAAACCGCACCAGUGGACUACGGCGGAUGAUGACGAGCUCGAACGUCUUCAUUCAAUGUAUGGCACUAAAUGGGCAAUCAUUGCUCGUGAUAUGGAGCGGACGUAUGAUGAUGUUGUACAGCGGUGGAAGAACAAAGUCGAACAUCGACAUACUAUGAAAAUGGGGCCAUGGGAUGACGACGAGAUUGAUAAACUGAUUCAAAACCUCGAAGACACACGCAAGGCGUGGCUCCGGUUAGGGAGAACGAAAGAAGAUAUUGGCAAGGAUAUCUAUGAGUUGCCUGAUGAACUUAUUGCCUGGGGAAAAAUUAGUGAACGAUUCGAACACACGCGCUCGCGCCAGCAAGUUGCUGAUAAGUGGCGGAAAAUUAAACGAAUCGUCUUGGAACGUCGCGCAGAUGGGUAUGAGGAUGCGGUAUGGGAAUCUUCUCUCCAACCGAAGGGGGGGAAGAGAUCGAAGUCUAGACCGGUGUCCGUUGAGAGCGAGAAGCGGGUUUUUAUAAGCAAUGAAAUGGUAGAUUCGUCCGAUGAGGAUGAAGAUCAGAAUAAGAAGGAAACAGAGGACGGGAAGAAGAAACGAUCCGCCAAAGCGAAUGGCACAUCUCAGCCUAAGGUCAACGAGAAGGUCAACGAGUCCGCCGAUGAAUCAACUGAUGAGUCCUCUGAUGCGAGCUCCGAGGAUGAUAGCGAUGAUAGUUCCUCUGAUGAAAAGAGUAAAGCAGCCAAAAAUAGCGACAAGGACGACGAGGAUGACGUCGUCGAUGAAUCAGCUGGCGAUGAAACCCCUCUCCCUAAAACGAACGGUUACCAUGCGGCCUCAGACAAUGAGUCCGUCGUCCCAGAAUCCCAAGCCGAGGAAUCCGAAGCAUCUCCAUCCCGCAGCUCCAGUCCCGAAGCAGAGACAAACGGACACACAGCAGCCAAAGGCAGACAGCCCUCCGAAGAACUCGGCCUUGAUCCCGUCUCCGCUCCCGAAGCCCCAGAAGUCACGAAAGCCGAUAAAGAUACCCGAGCUAGCGAAGAAGAAGAAGAAGAAGAAGAAGAUGAUGAUGAUGAUGAUGAUGAUGAAGAAGGCUCAGAAAGCGCGGACCAAGAGGUCCUCAAACCUCUCACCACAUCCUCUCAACCAAAACCCUCACCCGCAUCCUCACCCGCAAAACCGACAAAAUUGCACCUCAUCAAACAAGAAGAAAAACACUCCUCCCGUCCCCAUGACAGCGGUAGUGAGAGCGAAAGUGACGACGACGAGUCGCACGGCAGAUCAUCAUCCGGCUCCGGCUCCGACGAUGACGAUGACGACGACGAGGAGGGCGACGAUGAGGAGGAACUCUCGCCUGAAGAGAUUGAGAAGAAGAUUUUCAAGUUUAAGCAAGAACCUGAGGAUGAUUAA